AGGACCAGGAGAGGCUCGAAAGUCCAUAACAGACGCACACAGCCGUCGGAGGAAGCAAGCCCGCAACUACAAUGGAACCAACGAGAAAUUUGGUGGACUGACCUCAGCCGUAAAGAAAUCAAAAGAUCAAGAACAUCCCAAUCUAGGCAGUUUUGGUUGCUGAGAAAACGCAAGAAAAGGGAAGAAUCUCUGACUGCUUGGGUUCCAAGGAUUCCAAACCACCCGAAACUUCAGGCUUUCUGUUGCGCCUUUGGGAGAACCAUUUCCAUAUCUCUCUUUCUUCCUCCGUCAAUGAAUGAAUACAUUUGGAAAAGAAAAGGAUGAUCCUGUUAUGAACCUUUCUGUCUGUUUCAAUCCAGUGUUUCAGAAAUGAUUGGGGGAGGAAUGACUUCUAUUUCUCAAUCAUCUUUUGCUUAUCAUCAUUUUGAAUCUCCUGAUCAGGACUUCAUUUGUUGGGUUGCUGGAUGUAAGCUAAAUAUUUAUAGGCAAUCAUACCAAUCUUUCAAUUGGGGAUCAGCAUGUGUCAUUUUCUGGAUUCUCCAUAGGAGAUUUCAUGCUCUGUAUGGUUGGUUAUGCACAAAGUUUGAAGAAUUUCAUUGUUAACUGAUGUUUUGGAGAAAAGCUUGUCCUGUUGAGAAAGCAGCAUACUUAAUUGUCAGUAGCAGGUGGCUUCUCGGAGAAAUAUUUGUAGCGUUAUAUUAUAUUUUCAAGAUAAUAUCUGCGUACUUUAAUGGGUGGCUGCUUCGCAAAGAACAUCAAGCGGGCACCUGGGUUCGAGAAGCCUACUGUUCUGGCAGCUGAAACACCUUUUACUGUGAGUGAAGUUGAGGCCUUGUAUGAGCUAUUUAAAAAAGUAAGCAGUUCCAUUUUUGACGAUGGGCUUAUUCACAAGGUAUGUUAUGAAGAAUUCCAGCUUGCACUGUUCAGGCACAGAACCAGAAGGAAUCUCUUUGCCGACAGGCUAUUUGACUUGUUCGAUCUCAAAUGCAAUGGGGUUAUUGAGUUUGGAGAAUUUGUUCGUUCAUUAGGUGUUUUUCACCCAAAUGCACCUGUUGCAGACAAAAUUUCUUUUGCAUUUAGAUUGUAUGAUCUGCGACAAACUGGCUAUAUUGAGCGAGAGGAGUUGAAGGAGAUGGUGCUGGCCCUGUUACAUGAAUCCGACCUAUUUCUUCCAGACCAUGUUGUUGAAACUAUUGUCGAUAAGACAUUCACAGAUGCAGAUACAAAAGGAGAUGGACUGAUCGAUCAAGAAGAGUGGAAAGAAUUUGUGUCAAAGAAUCCGUCUCUGAUCAAGAACAUGACUCUUCCUUAUUUAAAGGAUAUAACUUUAGCAUUCCCCAGCUUCGUGGUGAGGUCCGAAAUUGAAGAUUCAGAAGUUUAGGCGUACAAAUUACACACGGAGAGUUGUUUCCCUAGUCUCCUUGGAUCGGGCCGGAGAACAUCUUAAGGGACUUAUUUCCAGGGCUCCGGCAAUGCGAAGACGAUUAUGCCAUGUACAUAGAAAACUUAUCUACUGGAAACACGAUCACGAACCUAGAACUUAUCUACUGCACUGUUCUGUCGUCUACUAAACUGUUCAGACCGAUGCGAUGGGCGCAUCGAAGCAGACUUCUUCCUUUCUGUCCGCAGUUGUAUACAAGUUUUGUCCAUCAGCCUUCUACCCUUCUAGAAGUAGUAUUUCUUUUGUAAAAGAAACAAAAAUAAUAUAAUAGUAAUAAUAACACCUUGUUGUGUAGAA